GGGCCACUCCUCCGUCAGUCGUAGUUCGAUUGCCGAUGAUCGCUUACACGGGUGGACGAUCGAUCGCUUUUAUUGACACGCGGUACCGCGAGAACGUCGGGUGGAUUCCGUACGAGACGAGAGGAUAAGAAGAAAAACGCGGGCGACUCGAAUAAUCUUCUUCAAAACGUGAAAGAAAGGAAAAGGACAUCGACAUGCGAGUGAUAGCAUCAGUAGGCGUGAUCAUUCUGUUGAUUGGAUCUUGUACAGCCAAUCAUGACUUCCUGACAAACUCCUUGAACGAGUGUAUAAAGACAGAGUCCUGGACAUCUUGUUCGAAGCAUCAAGUUUUAACUUAUCUCGAUAAUAAAUUGGGAACUACCACGGAAGCGAGAUCGCUCGAAACAGUUGACGAGGCGAUCAUCGCCAGGACCUUCAAGUAUCUGAAGAGUUUCGAUUACGGAGUUAAUUUACCUUUCGUAGAUGCUAGGUUAAAAUACAGACCUAGUAGGAGCCUGGCUGAUCUUGACAUUGAAUUCAAGGACAAUGAUAUGGCUACCAGUCAAGCUCGAGGACUUUUGAAGAAGAAACUCUUGCUACCGUUUUUGCUGCUGUUGAAAUUAAAGUUGAAAGCUUUAAUGCCCAUCUUUGUCGCUAUUAUUGGAUUAAAAGCGUUGAAGGCUCUCGUCCUGUCGAAGCUUGCCUUACUUAUCGUCAUCGGAUUUGUCGCCAUGCAGUUUUUUAAGAAAAGCGGCAUGAUGGCACCGAUGGGAAUGUCUAUGGAACCAGCAUCGACAUAUGGUGCUCCACCUUCGCUCUCGACGACGUCGAGCUAUGAUCCCGCUAAUACAUGGGACGGCAACGGUCCUUAUUCCCGCGUUUGGAUGCCGACCAAUGGUGUGGAGAGCCAAAAUCUUGCUUACAGCUAUUAUUCGCCUGGUAGUAGCUCUAGCUCGUACAACUCAGUAGGAUCGUCUUCGUCGUCUUCAUCUUCAAGCAGCUCAACGAACUACAACUGAACUCGUUCUAAUGUCCCACUAACGACGCAUCGAUCGAUUGCCCGAUGUUGUCCUCGUGAACGCAUUCCCGAGAUCGUGUACGUCGACAAAUAAGAUACGACCAAAGAAACGCACGCCAAAUAAUCAAGUAGUUUGCUGACAAUUAAGCUGACGCGAUGUCAGUUUUAUUAAUGAGAGCGUCACAUUCAAAGACUGUCGGCUUCGUGCCGACUAUAAUCGUAGAAUCGUUUUGUCGGUUCAACAAAACUCGAUAGCGGAUUUAUUAUCUUAUCGAGCAAUUAGUUACGCUAAUUGAAUUUUUUGCUAAGUUUAAGAAUAUAUAAUAUUUCCCCUAAUCCUGAUAUUGCUAUGUCUAAUAGUUAGAAUAUGGCAAAUAGAAUAAUAAUUCAUUUUUCUUAAAGAAUUAUUCAAAAUAUCGACAAAGCCGUUCGCCAUGUUUCUUUGAGUGUGCAUAUGCGCGCCGAAGAAUAAUUAGCAAUGAUCAUCUUUGCAUGUAUCAAAGUGUACGUAGAAAAUCUUAACAAUGCAAUUAUUAUAAUAUACAAGUAUGUUGCCGAAUAUAUUUGCAAAGUGAUACAAGAUUAUUUCUUCGGUAAUCAUUGAUUAUUUAUUUUUUGUGCCACAUAAUUAUUUAUUAUCUUCCCGUUUGUUAAUAAAAAUAUUGCUUGUAAAAUAAUUUGACAUUUCUUGCUUCUAGUACAACAAAGAAAUUUCAAAUAAAGCUAAUUUAAU